UACGGUACCGUACUCUCCACGACUCUGGAGAUACACGGGGCUACGCAAAGAUUCUGCUCUCCCAUCUCUCGAUUUCAGACAAAGCACUUGCAGAACCUCGACUCGUUGCGCGCCAGACUCUUGUCGAAUGUCUACGCAAUCACCAUGACGACGGCUUCCUCCUCCUCCUCCUCCGCCGCCGCCGCCGCCGCCCAGAGCAGUGGUGAGGCUCGCAAGCGACCAGAGUAUAUCAUCGAGCACAUGGAGGAAGAUGAUCCAGAUGCGCCUGCAGUUUUCCCUCAGUGGGCGCUGUUGGAGUACGGUCACAUGUUGACGCUGCUAGGCCCAGGCACGACGUGUCACUUUACAUCCCUCUCCAACGCCUCUCUCCAUUCGCUGCAGCUCCAAUUGGACAGGGUCGCGCAACCUCGAGCAGAUUUCGAGCUUCAUACCGCCAGCUUCACCAAUGCGCUAGAAGUCCCUCUGACCAGUAUAUGCCUGUUGGAUCCUCAAGCACCGCUCGGUCUAUCCGUCUCCGAUGCCGGGCUCUACAGCGCCGCACAGCAGAUCGAGGCGUCCGGAUCAUCAUCAUCAUCAUCAUCAUCAUCAUCGCCAACAUCGCCAGAACUCCCAGGCGGUCCAUUCUCCCACUUUCUCUUUGGCGGUAUACUGGGCGACGAUCCACCGCGGGACAGAACUUCUUCGCUGCGCAAGUUGGGCAUGCCCAGAAGGCAUUUGAGCGGCAUGCAGAUGACUACGGAUACCGCUUUGGGAGUCACUUGCCAAGUGGUGGAGAGGGGCAAAGGGAUGGCGCUGGACAAGACGGAACAGAUGGGUCCCAAUGGCGCGCUGCAGUGGUGUCAUGCCCCAGAGUUGAACUUUGGAAACGGAGAGUCGGUAUCCAUGCCUUUCAGAUACAUGGUCGAUCCCAAAUCACCUUCUGGAAACCCUCGACCACUCAUGCCUCCAGGAAUGAGGGAGCUCAUCCGCAGCGAUAUGGAUCGCGCUUUCGAAUUCUAAUGGACGUGUCUAGGUGCCACCUCGAUUCUGUGUCUCUCGCACGCGCGCGCACAAUAGAAGUCGUGAGCCUGUAGAAGGAGCUUUGGAGCCAGGGCACCACGAGUGUGGAAGCAUUGGGGAUCUGCAGCGGAGCGGCAAGGACAGUGCUUGCAAGAAGUAGUGUCAUUAGUGGUUGUUAGGAAUUUCUUGCGACAGCGUGGGCAGAGGUGGUGCAACAUGACCACCGAAGCAAGAUCUGGUGAGCGCGCGAUCUGGUGAGCGCAGCAGCCGAUCGUUUGAGCACAGCCACGCCAGCGAAAGGUGAUGCGUUCGCGACUACAAGUCUGCCCAUCGAAUUCCUCCAUUGGGACCCCUCCUUGCCGGAACUGUGAGCCAGCGAUUCGCUUCUUCGAACAGACUAUCCCCCACUCUGGGAGCAGCGGCCGCUCUAAAGAAGCCCUUGUGCGCCGAUAGAGGUGAAGGGUGAGCAGACUUUAGCACCAAGAC